AUGGCCGUUGGUCGUACCGCGGAUGGUUUACCAGCCUUCGCACCACUCAGACGAGGGGUUCGUGGGACUUACACGCCUUCUAUCAUCAGUGAACCCGUGGAAUCGGAACCGUUCGAGGUUCCAUCAGCCAGAGUACCUCCGCUUCGUUUGACUGGCGAUUUGCUCGUGGAGCCUGUAUCCCGGCCUACUCAUACACCCUCUGUGACCUUGACAUGGACACCAAUCAAAGAGAAAAUAACCGGAUACUCAGUAGAUCUGUUUGACUUUGACACUUCGGCUGGUUGGCGAACAGUGGCUCGCGUUCCUUCCGAAGAGGCACAAGCACCAUUUUCCGGAGUCACUAUCAGCGGUCUCAUUCCAGGCCAUUCCUAUCGUUUUCGUGUGCUUCCAUACCGAGAUGAUACGUACGGCCAACCACUGCAAUCUACACAACUUUACACAGCCCCAAAACUACUGAUCGAUACACAAGAGAUGAUGUAUGAUCGUAUACAACUACCUGCACCACAUGGUCCCUUACGCGUGGACCGCUUAUCUUCUGAUUUGUACCGCCUUAGCUGGUACAUGCCCCGCAUACUCACUGAGCUAAGCUCCACGCAACGAUAUAAGUUGGAAGAUGAAAUUGAGUUUGUGAUCGAACAGCGGCUGCCUCAUAAACGCAUGUGGUACGAAGUUGGUCGUACUCGUGCUUUGCACUAUCUUCUACCUUUGGACACCACCAGUCAGUUUCGAGUUCGCACUGUCCUUAUGCGUGCAACUGAAAGCGAUCUUGAGCGCAAAUAUGCCCCCUCACACGAGGGUCUUCUCUCCGACUGGAUAACCGUGCCAUAUGAAGACAGAGCUUUAGAACGUCAAUUGGAAGUGAUCAGUCCAAGGAGAUAUGAUUCGCGUGGACGCCGGGUCUCGGUUGACGUCGGACUGGAGCUUGGCCGCUUUGUACCCGAUAGAUUGUCUGCUGUUCAUAUCGGCCGUUCGACCGUUUUACUGGAAUGGCUUUCGAUGGAGGUGCCGCAGCAAGAUGGAGAUCGGUACUUGUUACUAGAGAAGCGAUCACCGGAGGAUGGCUUAGGUGUGUGGGAACCUGUGGCCCGAUUGCCUCUAUCGAGUACAGGCUACGAGGUCCACGGUUUGAGACCUGGAAUGACUUACGAUUUUCGUUUGGUUGAAUGGGAUGCUGAUUUAAGGACCCGUAGUAUCAAAACUGCUCAAUUAUCCGCACCAGUUACUACCGCUGGCACGAAGCGCAGUCUAGAGGAGCUUAUUACUCGGUUAGUACCUCCAGAGCAUUUCAAGGCGCUGGUAAAAACAGACUCUACCGGAGAGGGUAUCCGCUUUACUUGGUUGCCUCCUGAAGUUCCAGAACACGCCAGACCAAGUAUUCGGUAUCGUAUUGAGGCAAGAUCUGUUGAUUCUGAGGGGAAGGGGCUGUCGGAUUGGACGACAGUUGCGUCAAGUAUUUUUGGCACUGAGCACUUCAUCCCUCUGGAUAAGCUUACCGACUUGACACUGGAAGCGAAAGAUGCGGAAACGUAUGAUACCCGAGGCGAUACGAGACGACGACGACGACGACCGUCUUCUCCAAAAGAAGCACAAAGGCGCCAUUGGCAGUUUCGUGCAUUUACCCUUUUAGACGAAGCCACUAGUCUUCCAGUUCAGAUCCCGGAAAUCGUCAGCCUUGUGCCGCCCAUCCGACGAAAGCCACUACGUUUCCUCAACUUGAAAGACGAUCGAAUAAUCUACUCCGUACUUGGACAACGCCUAACCGUUACGGUUGAGGUGGAGGGUGAACCGGCACCGUAUUUAACCUGGUUUUUAAACAAUAUUCGCUUGGAUGACCGUUUUUCAACAGGAUAUACAGCCGGACAGGUCGGCGUCGGUGUGUAUGAGUUCACAAUUGAGCGCAUUGAACGAAGUCACGCUGGCCUGUUGGAAUGUCGUGCAUGGAACGCAUACGAAACCAUUCAUACCUCUUGGCAAAUAAUCGUGUGCGCCGUACCUCGGUUCACUCGUUUCGGAUGGACGACUGAACCACGUGAGUUUGAACUGAAGCACGGCGACCGGUGGGAAUUCCGAAUACCGUUAGAUAACUCUGGUUACUAUUCAGGCCACGAAUGGAUAACCAAAGUGUGGCUAGAACGGUUGACGCUCGCGUUACCAUCGAUGGACAUUCCGGAUGUGUCGGAGCCACUUGAAGCUAGAGCUCGUUUGGUGUUCUCUGGCGAUUGUCAAUGGGUUGAGCUAACAGUCGAUCGUGUGACGCUCGCCGACGCUGGGGUCUAUCGUCUAUGGGUGCAGAAUCAAGCGGGUCAGGAUUAUGUUGACCUCCGUCUACGCGUCGCUGACAAACCCCACAUUCGACCAAACAAACCGCGCGUACUACCGCACGGACCGGGGACACUUGCAAUCCAUUGGGAUAUUUCAAUGCCUACAAAUCGGCUGGAGGCAGAAGUCCAAUACACGGGCUACAGAGUGGAAUACCAACGUGACGCACCCGAUGCUCCUUGGUGUUUACUAGGCACAACCCCGGCCGAUACAAUGCAGCUGAUUGCACGGAGCCCAUUGCAACCCGGUGUGACCUACCGGUUCCGCGUGUGUAUGGUUAAUUGGCAUGGGUUCGGUCCCUUCAGUCAGUCGUCCGAUCCGGCUCGAUUACCAUCGUCUGGACUCACGGAAACAUUUGAUGUGACGGAUGACGCUGUAUAUUUUGCGGAUGGGUCAUUUGAGGAUCGGUACUCCAUUACCAGGGAACUCGCUCGCACGAAAUACGCUGGAUUGUAUCGCGUUUUUGAAAAAUCCACCGGCCGUCAUUGGCUGGGUAAAGUUGUGGACACCGACGUGGGAUCCACAGAGCGGAUCUACUCGAGUGCUCUUGUUGACGGGCUCGACGGUAUGCACAAGAGAAGCUACUCAUCCCAGUCUGUGAAACUUCCGGACAUAAAUGGAUACGAUGAACGACGGACCUCAGUGACCAGCCUGAUAGAGUCUGCACAAUGGCGGCGUGAGAGAACGGAGCAGGAGUUAAAGCUCCUCUCGCGUAUACAACACGAAGGAAUGGCUAAGUUCCAUGAAGCCUACCAAGAUGCCCGGCGAACCAUCGCGCUGGUGGAAGACAUUACUGCCGGAGGUUCUUUGUGGCAUCAACUUAGCCGUCGUAUUACGGUUACGGAGAAUAAGGCGGCGGAAAUUUUGCGACAGCUACUUGAUCUGACCAAUCAAAUGCAUCAAUCGGGCGUGGUCAAUUUGGGACUGCAACCUGAAAAUAUCUUUUUCACCGACCAAACCAAACGCCGCGUCGCUCUUGCUGGUCUCGGUCAACCGCAACAGUUGGAUGAAGAACAGCGACCUGUUCGAUUGACGUUCCGAUCGGCUGUGUACUUGCCGCCAGAACUGCAAGCGGAGCCCACAAGACGAGGCAGAAUUGGGCCGGCAACCGAUCUGUGGUCUCUUGGGGUGCUUUUAUAUCAAAUGACCACUGGAGACUUCGAGGGUCCUCCGGAAGUCUCGCGUAUGGAAAAAAUGCAACUGUCCCCUAAGAUGGUCAGGUUUACCAAACGCUUGCUGCAUCCCGACCCUACUAAGAGGCCCACGGCAGCCGAAGCACUCAGAGACCCAUGGUUCACGAUUGUUAAAAGCCAACUUGAAUUACGAAGACCUGCCAGUCCCGUGCCAGUCCGAAGACCACCGUCUGCAAUUGAUGGCCUUGUAAGAGAUGAAUCUGUGGACCGCGAUGUUUACGAGAGCAUCAGUAAGCAAGCAUACACGCGGUUGUUGCGAUGGAUUGACGCUAGCCAUAUGGAAGAUGAAUUGGAUGAAGCUGUAAAGCCGCAUGAGCUACGGCGCCGUACUUCACAUCGGCAGAUUCACGGAGUUGACCGUUCACAAACCGACAGCCAGCGUGACAUUGUGGUCCACGCAACUGUCGCUCCUCGUGGUCAGGCACCGGAAAUUCUUACUCCUAUGGGAAGUGUUAGCGUGGAGGAAGGAUCUCCAGCCACAUUGAAGUGUGCGGUCCACUUACCGCGUCCAAAGAAACCUGUCGCACCGCUGGAUCGUAUGUCCGAUUUGAUCAUUCAGUGGUCACUGAAUGGAAGGGAAUUAAAGCUGGCUCCUCCAACGGUCAAACUACGGCAGCCGCCCAGUAUGCACUACACUUGUACUUAUGACCCGGAGACCGGAGACGUUCGUUUACACAUCGAUGAAGUGACCACCUAUGAUGCCGGAACGUAUGAGGUUAAAGUGACCGGAUUGUACGGAUCUGUUUCUGAUUCCGCCAAUAUACGUGUUUACGCGGCCCCCCAUCGACCUGAAAGUCGCACCGAGUCCUAUGAAGCCGAGGAACUUGGGGCACGCAUAGUGCAACCGCUGGUGGACAUGACUGCGAUCAGUGGACAGAAGGUGCAGUUGCGAGCCAGAGUGUCUGGAAUUCCAUUGCCACGUUGCACUUGGUUGCACAAUGGUGUGCCCCUUGUGAAUUCAACAAAACGACGCUUUUAUCAAGACGAAAUCGGCAGGACACACAAUUCCGAAUUACAGCUGACCUUGGAGAUACUGAACCUGGCCGUCUCAGACGCAGGCUUGUACACGCUAGUGGCCACCAACAAACAUGGUUCACAAUCCUGUUCAGCGAUCGUUGACGUGUUGUCUACCUUAGACGGGGACCAUGAGGCACCUCGUUUCUUGGUUGAACUGUCGAGUGUUACUGUGGUUGAGGGUAGCGCUGCCCGAUUUGAGGCAUGUGUCCAAGGAAAGCCACCGGCAACAGUACGCUGGCUCAAGGAUGGCAAACCUCUUCUCACUGAUGGUAUUCGGUUGACCGUCUCGCAAUCAUCCGCUGAACCAUCGGACAUGAAUAUCACGAGUCACACGUUGCUAGUGCGAGAUGCAUUGCUUCGCGACAGUGGCACCUAUACAUGCAUCGCGACCAGCAGCUCGGGUACAGCAAUCACCGAGGCCGCGUUACAUGUUCGAGGACUGUUCAACCGUGGCAUGUCAUUUGGACCAGAUAUGGCGGGUGUCGCAAUUCGUCACCGUCAACCGGAAUUCACCCGACGGUUGCGUAAUCAACAAGUUGCACUUGGUGGAACUAUCCGCCUGGCUGCAUCAGUUCUGGCCCAACCUACAGCCACUGUGAUUUGGAACCGAAACGGAACUGAGAUCGAUGCAGACUCAGACCCGAGGGUGACAAUAAAGAACCAAAGUGGACACUUGGAAUUAUGUAUAGACGAUAUAACUAAGGAGGAUCUGGGUCAAUACACAGUGGUUGUGUUCAAUUCUGCUGGGGAGGCCAGAUGUUCGUGUGCGGUGACCAUCUUAGAGGAGAAAUAUUUCCGUCUUCCACAAUUCACAAAAGAACUCCGAAACCAGACGGUAGUCGAAGGAACCACUCUCUGUUUAGAGGCUACAGCAACUGGACUACCUAUGCCUGAUUUCAAAUGGGAAAAGGACGGAUUUGAGCUUUUGUCUACAGAAAGCGGCAAACAACGAAUUGUCUCCAGUUCAACCGGUGACGGAACUGCUUGCCUUAAAAUUUCCAACCUAAGAACUUCGGACGCAGGCCUUUACCGCUGCAUUGCGCACAACAGAUAUGGCCGUGAGCGAUCCACAGCCUUUGUUUAUGUGGUCACUCUUGCUCAGCGGUCUUCGAUUGAUCGUUCUACCUACGCCAGAGGGAUGUCUGCUGGUCGUGAGCUCUCAAUCCCUCCAACGAGUUCAAGCCUUGACGUCAGUAAUUCGGCUAUUCCCCAACUUUCCCAAGAUGGUCUACCAGGUAUCGGUAGAACAACCUCCAUCAUCCCACAAUACAUUCACCUUCAUUAA